AUGCUUCGCUCCGUCUCGCGCCAGCUGCCUCGAGCUCUCCGCAAGCCGACACCCGCGCUCCCCGCGAUCCGCUUCCUCUCUAGCACCAGCCUGCGAAUGGCCUCACAACUGCCCCCGGUGCGCCCUCCAGUCUCGUCGGCGCUUCCAGCAGACUCGUACCAGCUGCUGUCGACUGCAGAGAAAGCCGGUGCGCCCGAAGAUGCCCUGUUCGAGGAGCAGGUCAAGGCCGUGAACGAGUGGUGGGCUUCAGACAGAUAUGAAGGCAUCAAGAGGCCAUACUCCGCCGAAGCGGUGGUGAGCAAGCGUGGAUCCUUGCAGCAGACGUAUCCCAGCUCGUUGAUGGCCAGGAAGCUGUUCAACCUGCUGAACGAACGUGCGGCAGAGGGGAAACCAGUUCACACUCUGGGUGCCAUUGAUCCCGUACAGAUGACCCAGCAAGCACCAAACCAGGAGGUGCUUUAUAUCUCCGGAUGGGCGUGCUCAUCGCUCCUCACCUCUACGAACGAGGUCUCCCCGGAUUUUGGAGACUACCCAUACAACACGGUACCAAACCAGGUGCAGCGACUCUUUAAGGCACAGAACAUGCACGAUAGGAAGCAUUGGGAUGCCAGACGCAAGCUAUCACCAGAGGAACGCAAGUCGACCCCAUAUAUCGACUACAUGCGUCCCAUCAUUGCAGACGGUGAUACCGGACACGGAGGCCUCACAGCUGUGAUGAAACUAGCUAAACUGUUCGCUGAAAACGGUGCUGCGGCCGUACACUUUGAAGACCAGCUGCACGGUGGCAAGAAAUGCGGGCAUCUCGCUGGCAAAGUCCUCGUACCCAUUGCAGAACAUAUCAACAGACUAGUAGCUGCCCGCUUCCAGUGGGAUAUGAUGGGAACUGAGAACUUGCUUAUUGCACGAACCGACUCUGAGAGCGGUAAGCUUCUCAGCAGUACCAUCGACGUACGAGACCAUGAGUUCAUCCUCGGCGUGACCGAGGAUGGUGAUCCGUUGUCCGAGACGUUACAGAAGAUGGAGCUGGAAGGUGCAUCCGGUAGUGAUAUUGAUGUCUUCGAGGCCCAGUGGGUCAAGAAGCACAAACUUGUUACCUUUGACGAAGCUGUGGACCAACACCUCAUUUCCGAAGGAGCCUCUGAAGCUACCCGAAAUGAAUACAAAUCUCACGUCCAGGAGAACCGUGACCUCUCGAUAUCCGCCCGCCGCGAGUUGGCCGGGAAGUACACCAAGAACCCCGUCUUCUGGUCCUGGGACAUCCCACGCACUCGUGAAGGGUUCUACCACUACCGAGCCGGAAACGAGGCAGCCACCAAGCGCACCAUCUCGUUUGCACCGUACGCAGACCUCCUAUGGGUUGAGACGGGAGACCCCAAUGUAAGCAAGGCCGCAGACUUUGCCGGGAAGAUUCGCAAGCAAUACCCUGGAAAGAAACUGGUGUACAAUUUGAGCCCGUCAUUCAACUGGAUGGGACAAGGAUUUACAGAGGAAACUUUGAAGUCGUUUAUUUGGGAUUUGGCAGAACACGGAUUCAUCCUUCAACUCAUCUCCCUCGCUGGUCUGCACUAUAACGCCACCAUGGCUACUGAGUUGUCCCGCGGGUUCAAAGACAACGGCAUGCUGUCGUACGUGAACCUGGUGCAGAAGCGUGAGAAGGAGAUGGGCGUCGAUGUCCUCACACACCAGAAAUGGAGUGGAGCGCCAUAUGUCGAUGGAGUGUUGGGAUCCAUCCUUAGCGGAAGCAGCUCCAACAAGAGUAUGGGUGAUGGCAAUACCGAAGACCACUUUUGA